UCUCUCUCUCUCUCUCUCUCUCUCUCUCGUAUUUUGGAUUUUGGAGGGAGGCCAGUUUUGGCAACACAUAAUCAGCCAAAACUUUGGUUCGAACACCGACUCUCUGGUACCCAUGAAUCGCGUCGCCGUUCUGCUGUCCAAGACCACCGCCGCCGUCGUUCGAACUGCGAGAUUGGGCUCAUGCUCCCGUUGCUCUCUUCUUCCUCCUUCGUCGUGCUUAUGGCUAGCUUCACCGUUGAGGCUACUUCACGUUGGAAUCGACCGCCCAAAUGCGAGCUCGGUCACUCUUCAGAUGAUCAAUUAUGCUCUCUCUCACGCUAGGUCUCUGAAAUCAGACGAAUCAUACGCACAAGGUUUUCUGGUUCUGGAGCAGUGCCUCUCUGCUCAAUCAAAUGAAGGUCAAGAUGCCGAUAACUCCAGGGGAGCAGUAUUACUUGCUAUGUCUACUUUGCUUUCUGAAAGAGGUAAUGUUCAGGAUGCUAUAGAUAAGCUUCAGCGAGUCGAGGAUUUAGCACAUUCCUCCCUUGACAUUAGAGUUGCCGCUCUUGAAGCACUUGCUGGACUUCAUCUCGAAUUAGGCCUGGAUGAUUCUUCAUCAGUUAUCGCAGAUAAAUGCUCAAAACUAUUGCAAAGUAGUGAGCCAAAUGCUGAUGAUGGAAAUUCUGGGGUUCUGAGAGCUCGUGUUAAAGCUGUAAAGGGGCUGGUUGAGCUUGUUAAUAAUAAUCUUGAAGCAGCUGAAUCGUUGUUUAAAGGGUUUCAAACUAUUGAAAGAUGUGCUGGCAGUGCUGCUUUAUCAUAUGGAGAAUUCUUACAUGCCACACACAACUUUUCAUCAGCAAAAGAGGUGUAUCAGAGAGUAAUAGAAAUGGGAUCAGAAGUCAAAGAUUUGAGCGAGCAAUGUGCAUUAGCUGGCGGUAAUAUGUCUCCAAAGGAAGUAUACUUGGCUGCGACUUGUUCUUUAGGACAGCUUGAGGGGAACUUGGGGAAUUUUGCUGAAGCUGAGGACAUACUGACAAAUGCGUUAACUAAAACAGAAGAAUAUUUUGGAUCUCACCAUCCCAAGGUUGGCGUUGUCUUAACCUGCAUAGCACUCAUGUUUCGACACAAAGCAAUGAAGGAACAUUCAAGUUCACUUUUGAUUCAGGAGGGACUCUAUAGGAGAGCAAUAGAGAUGCUGAAAGUUUCACCAUUAGAGGUGGAAGGCACGGGAGAACAAGCAAAGGUGGACGGAAGAGACAUAGCAGCCAUCGCUAGAGGUGGGUAUGGGGAGGUACUUAGCGUCCAACAGAAUAGAAAGACUCAAGGAGAGCAGAUGAAGAAAUGGGCGCAACUUGCUUGGAGGAAUCGCAGGUUAUCACUGGCAGAAGCACUGGACAUAGCUCAGCCUCCUUCCAAGGUGCCUGUUAUCGAUACUCGAAUCUGUAGGGUUAUUUAGUUUGCAAUAUUCUCGAGUUCUGGUUAUUAGGAAUCCUUACAGAAGACAAGAGAGUGAACAUAUUCUCUACACUGACGAUGUUAUGUAAAAACUUUUGAAGUUUAAGAACUUGAAGAUUGUAGAAUUCUCUGAUACAGUUGAAAGUGCUCUGUUACAGUUACAAUUUUGAAUGAAAGAACAGAGGAUCUCAAGAU